AUGCGUGUAGGCUUCGAGUUUGUCAAGACCAUCCGCCACGAUACGUACCCCGCCAUCGACCCUUCAAAGGCGGACUUCGGAGGUCAAGUGGUGCUCAUAACUGGCGCAUCGAGGGGCAUUGGGCAGGCCACCGCGAUCUCGUUCGCCAAAGCAGGGGCAAGCGGCCUGGUCCUCUUUGCGCGCUCCGAUAUGAGCACAACCAAGGCAGCGUGCGAGGCUGCAGCGACACGUCCCGGACAGUCGCUCAAGGUGCUUACACUCUCCGUCGACACGAGCAGUACGUCCCAGGUCAGCGCUGCGCUCGUUACGGCAAAGGAGACGUUCGGGCGCCUCGACGUGCUCGUGAACAACGCGGGGUAUUCGGAGCCUCACGCGCUGCUCGCGGACUCGGACCCGGAAGAGUGGUGGCAUACGUGGGACGUGAACAUGCGCGGGACGUACGAGGUAACGAGAGGGUGUCUUCCGCUGCUGGUCGAGAGCAAGGGGAGCCAGACGAUCAUCACCGUCACGAGCGUCGCUGCGCAUGGGGUUGUCGCCACACAGGCCUCCUCGUACGGGAUGUCGAAGCUAGCCCAAGUCCGCCUCGCCGAGCUACUCAUGAACGAGUACGGGGAUAAGGGCAUCCUGGCCUAUGCUGUCCACCCAGGCGCGAUCGUCACAGCUAUGUCGGCUGGAGUGCCCGAGAACAUGAAGCCGUUCUUCGUGGACACGUUGGAGGUGGCUGCGGAUGCCAUAGUAUGGCUUGCGAAGGAGCGCAGGGAAUGGCUCGCAGGUCGUUACUUCAGCUGCCAGUGGGAUGUCGAAGAAUUGGAAUCGAGGAAACAAGAAAUUGUAGAUGGCGACAAGUUGAAGGUUCGGAUGGUGAUUUAG